GCGCGUUUCCCGUGAUGUGUGGUGAGCCAUGGCAGUUCUUCUCUUCUUGUUCGUCAUCGUACUCACCGCCAACUCUGAAUUUAUCGAUGUGCCAAGAUUCGGGGAGCCCAUUAUCAACGUGACCGCCCCUGUAGGAAGGGAAGCUACACUAGUAUGUGUCGUAGACGACCUGGGGUCUUACAAGGUGGCGUGGCUAAGAGUGGACACUCAGACCAUCCUGACGAUCCACAAUCACGUGAUCACCAAGAACCACCGGGUGGGAGUGACUCACAGUGAUCACAGAACGUGGAUGCUGCAUGUCCGGGAGAUCAGGUCCUCCGACAGAGGAUGGUACAUGUGCCAGAUCAACACGGACCCCAUGAAGAGCCAAGUUGGCUUCCUAGAUGUUGUGGUGCCUCCUGACAUUCUUGACUCCCCGACCAGCACAGACAUGGUAGUCAGGGAGGGAAGCCCAGUGACUCUCCGAUGCGCGGCCUCUGGCUCUCCCGCGCCAAACAUUACCUGGAGAAGAGAGGGAGGAGAGCCAAUACCUCUCACUACUGGCCAGGAAGCAGGCACAGUAGAGGGCAGUAUGCUGAACAUAUCUAGGGUCAACAGACUACACAUGGGCGCCUACCUCUGUAUCGCCUCCAACGGAGUCCCUCCUUCAGUCAGCAAGAGGAUCAUGCUCACCGUCCAUUUCCCUCCAAUGAUCUGGAUCCAGAAUCAGCUGAUAGGUUCGAGAGAAGGUCAACAGCUGAUCCUGGAGUGUCACUCCGAGGCUUACCCUAAGUCUAUCAACUACUGGACCAAGGGUGAUAAGGGCGAAAUCAUAGCUCAAGGUGCAAAAUACGAGCCAGUUCUUGUAGAACACCUAUACAAAGUUAUCAUGAGACUAACCAUCAAAUCUCUGGGACCCGGUGACUACGGGGCGUACAAGUGUGUGUCGAAGAACUCUCUGGGAGACACUGACGGUACCAUCAAAGUCUACCCUGUCCUAUCGGAUAAUGUAUCAACUAUGAAGCCAAGGCACAAAGACAAGAACAGACUUCGCCCCAAAUAUGGAGGUCAAAAUGAGAUUGGAGACUCUGGAGGUCUAGCCAAACAAAGAGAGCUGAAGGUUGGCGCUUACGACGACCUGGGUGAUGACGAAGAGUCUUCAGCACCAAGUCUUCACAAGACGAUCUUGGCCUUCAUCUUCGUCUUCCCUUUUUAUCUGGCCACUCUAUAAUAGCACUUUCGGCUAGUUUAUAAGACUGGGUCAUUAACAGAUAUUAUAUUUUGAGUAAAGAAUAACAUGUGAAUCAACAUAGACAAUUAUGUUUUAUAGCAAAAGUUUUAUGGUAUAAUUUAUAAUUUACGAGUACCUAUUUAUAAAUGGAUUAGUGGUUUUUGGCCUACAACCGUGUCGAAAUUGAUAAAAAACUACCGUUAAUAAACGCUUCAUUAAUCGAUUUUGAUACGGUCGUCAACCAAAAACUACAACCAAUAAGUUUAAGAUCGUGGGAGUAUAUUAAGAAGUUGAUUUAAAAGUAGUUUGCCUAAGAGCGACUGUAAUCCAUACCAUAUCACUAAGCAUGGACUAUUAAUAAAUUGAACAAAAAGUAUUGUUAUUUAUUACCAAAGUGACCAAAGAUAACGUUUUAGCUAUUAGUGAUUUUGUAUAUAUUUAUCGUAGACACUGGUUUGUGAUGGUCGUCGUAGUGUAGUUUGUAGGAUGCUUAAACAAUAGUAUAGCGUAUAUUUGUACUGAUUAGGCUUCUAAAACAAAUGUAGUUUUCUA